AUGGAAGUUGGGUGUCUGCCAGACGACAUCUGGGAACAAAUUUUGAUGAGCCUGCCAACCUACGACGUGUUCAGGUUCUUCUUAGAGUACCCGCAGUACAGCUACUUGGCAAUAGGUCCCAGGCUUCCGAAAACCGUGGAUUAUACCAGGAGUUUUGAUUGCAAACAUAUGAAUAUAUCCCAUAUGAUCACCACUAUGCUAAAUUAUGACAUAUUGACAACUUUAAAAAUUGACGGUAUUUAUUGGGCCGUAGCUGAAGAUCUUCGGGUGUUAGUGUCAUCAUUGAAAAACCUCAGAGAACUGCAUGCAUUGGAUACCAAACUGAGCCUCACUGAUGGUGUCCUAUAUGGUAACUUAAGAAAACUGUCUUUAACUGUACAUAUGGAGCACUGGGGAGUAAUAUUAGCACUGUUUUCCAUAAAUAUGCCAAAGUUGAAGUAUCUUUAUGUGAAAAUUCCCAAGUCGUAUGGAAUACCAAAGGUUAAAUGGACGCCUAAUGUAUACAAACUUCCUACAAGGGUAAGUUCUAUGUAUCAACAGUUAGAGGAACUAUGGAUAUUAGAUGAAGCGAACGAAUUCCCAGGUUGGAUAAGUAUUAAUACUUUGGGGCCUCUGAAGAAAGUUGUGGUUAAAACAAGUACUGAAAUCUAUCUUGAAUGUGCAGAUAGGUUGUUAAAAUCUGGGUUUGCAAUCUUUAAGAAAUAUUUUGACAAUCCUAACGUAACCUACUUCGUUGCUAGAAAGGAGACGAUCCCAGAAUCUCUCAGAAGUAAUGAUUUUGUUCCAAGGGGUAUCUCGAGCAAUGUCUGGGAGAUGCUUAAAUCCUUUGGUAGAACGCCUUGGGGAAUUGAAGAAACUAGACAGAUGCAUUUGAGCGGGAGUGUUGAAACAGUCAAAUUUUAUGAUUUGAAUUUUUCCCCUGACGACAAAGUCUGUAAAACAAAACAUGAACCGGAAUAUACGUAUACCGAAGCUGCACAUGAACUGCUUUUAUUAAACAACAGUUCAGAAUUGAAGAGACUGAAUUUCCAAAGCUGCAUGUUUGCUACUGACAAUAUAAAGAGACCGGUAAUGUACGGAUGUGAGCCGGCGGUGACUAACAUGCUCAGACAAUCAGGUGGCCAUCCAUUUUGCAUAAUAACAGAAAAAUUGACAAGACUGACAGAACUAGAAAUUUCGCAUUGUAAUUUUUGUCAGGGCAAAGGCUCUGUAAGCGGAUACUCCUCAAUAGCUGCACUUGAAGCUUUGGAAAAAUUGAGCCUGGAAAUUCCUAAGGGCUUAGAUGGAUCAUUUCUUGAAGAUGUAUUUAAGAAGUGCCCACAAUUGAGAAGCCUUAGCUUGAGGCUUAUUGACGUAAAUGAUCCAUUUGAACUUAAUUUGUCUAAAAAUGUACGACAUGCGACGCAACUUAGGGAUCUUAGAAUAAUAUGUAGGCAAAUAUGCUUACGUAGAUUGUUUGAUGCCUUGGACGCUAUUCCAUUACCAUUAAAAAAAAUACAGAGGGUAUUCAUAAAUUUCAACCAGUUUAAGCAUGCUGUUCAAACUGAUGUCGAAGCUUACACUAAGUUUUUACGGCAUAACAGACAGCUGGUAUUUUUCAUGGUGGUGAGUUACAUGAUGACCUUUGAAUAUUAUACUUAUUUGCAGAAUAAUGUAGCCAAACCUUUCAUGGAUGCUCACAAGGCAAAUUUUUAUCUCAUUCGCAAAAAUACUAAAAUACCACCUUCACAGAUCCAACUACCGUUUGCACAUCAUGAUUUUUUCUUGGAAGGUAGAGGUAGACUUCCUACCAAUGUUUCUAUAGUACAUUUUGAAGAUUUCUAG